AAAACAACUUCGAUGUUGAAUCAACUUUCAAGGAUGUGGAUUCUGUUCUUUACUGCACUGUCAGCCUCCAUAGCUGUUCAAGACAACAGUUUGUGUGAGUGGAGGAAAUAUGGCGAGCACUGUAACUUGACUUGUCAUGUGAACUGUGCCCUUGUUCCACCAAGAAAUCUUCAGUGCUGUGACAGAGACACGGGGAAGUGUCUUGGGGGAUGUCGGCGUGGUUGUCAUGGUGAUCUGUGUGACCAAUCCUGCAGCGUCACCUGUCCAGAAAGGAGAUGUAACCAGCAAACAGGGUACUGCACACUUGGCUGCAAUGGGACCAACAUGGACCUUUUUUGUAACCCUAUAACAGAUUGUGGUCGUGGCUGGUAUGGAGAUACGUGUGAACAUCCCUGCAACAGGAACUGUGUGGAGGAAAGAUGCAACCAUACAACUGGAGUAUGUGUACUUGGCUGCAAUGGGACUUAUACUGGAGAGUUCUGUAACAUCACGAAAGCAGCUGCGAACAACAAGGAAGGAGGAAGGGGCGUGAUUACCAUAAGGGUUCCUGUGUUCCUGGCUGCAGUUAUAACAGUCGCACUUGUGGUCGCAGUCGCUGGCGCUGUCGCUCUCACAAUCAUCAUGUUAUUGAGAAGGCGGAGAGACCAGAACAGGAUUUGGAAAACACAGGGAGACAGGAUAUACCUCGAAGACCCCGAAUUUACACUUGGAGCCUUGGGUGAAGGCAGACACAAGACAAUCUGA